AUGAUUUCGCGGCCGCCAGAGACCGCCAAUGGCACCCAUGACGAUGAUGCCCUCCCGCCGAUCGCCGUCGUGGGAAUGGCCUGCAGAUUCCCGGGCGGGGCCUCAACCCCCAGUAAAUUCUGGGAAAUGAUCGCCAACAAACGUUCGGGCCGCUCCGAGAUCCCGAAAAGUCGGAUGAACGUCGAUGCGUUUUACCACCCCGACCCGGACAGGGGUGGAUCGUUCAACAUCCGCGCAGCACAUUUUCUCGACCAAGACAUUUCUGAGUUCGACGCCGCAUUCUUCUCCAUUUCGCCCGCCGAAGCGGUGGGCAUGGAUCCCCAACAACGGCUACUGAUGGAAUGCGCCUACGAGGCCGUUGAAAACGCCGGAGUCCCGAUGGAGAAGCUCGCGGGCUCGAAUACGAGCUGCUACGUCGGGUGCUUUUCCAAAGACUACCACGAGUCGCUGAGCCGAGACCUCGAGGUGUCUCCGGCCUAUGUCUGCACCGGAAAUGGAGCGGCCAUUCUAUCCAAUCGCAUAAGCUACUUCUUCGAUCUCAAAGGUCCGAGUUUGACGGUUGACACGGCCUGCAGCAGCGGUCUUGUGGCAUUUCACCUCGCCUGCCAGAGUCUCCGGGCUGGCGAGAGCAAGGCCUCCAUUGUUGGUGGCGCCAAUCUCAUCUUCAAUCCAGAUCCCAUGGUUGCCAUGUCCAACGUUCGAUUCUUUGGACCUGACGGCAGGUGUUUCACGUUCGACCAUCGAGCAAAUGGUUACUCCCGGGGAGAAGGCAUUGCCGCUUUAUACCUAAAACCAUUGGAAGACGCUAUCCGAGACAACGACACCAUCCGUGCAGUCAUUAGAGGGACCACCUCCAACCAAGAUGGGAGGACACCUGGCAUUAUGCUUCCGUCGGGAGAAGCGCAACACGCCUUACUCACAUCGGCUUACCAGAGUGCCGGAUGCGACCCUGCGGUUGUUGGAUAUUUUGAGGCACACGGAACGGGAACAGUUGUUGGUGACCCGAUAGAAGCGGGCGCAAUUGGUUCAGCUUUGGGCAAAUAUCGACCCGAGGGCCAAGAGAAUGCUCUAUACGUUGGAAGUUUUAAGACGAAUAUUGGCCAUUUGGAGGGGUGCAGCGGUCUUGCCGGAGUUAUCAAGACUGUCUUGACCCUUGAGAACGGAUUGAUUCCGCCAAAUAUCAACUUUGAACGCGGGAAUGACAAGAUUGACUUUGAAGGCUGCAGAAUCCGUGUUCCAACCGAGUUAUCUCCCUGGCCGGUUGCCGGAGUCAGGAGAGCUGGUAUAAACUCGUUUGGGUUCGGAGGCACGAAUGUUCAUGCCAUCCUAGAUGAUGCCUAUAAUUAUCUACAGCUACGAGGUUUGAGGGGCUCUCAUCGUACUGUGGUUAAUCCUAGUCUUCACGGAAAGCAUGAAGCCUUGACUGCCGUCACAAACGGCAAUGACAAUGUCAACGGCAACGGUGUCAAUGGUAACGGUGUUAAAGGCAAUGGCGUCAAUGGUCACUCUCAUACUAAUGGCCAUUCCGACGGCAACGGCACGCAUUUCGAGCGCGAUGCUGUCCAAACCAACGGCCACGAAAAAGCGACGGAGUCAGGUAGCCAACAUCGAAUAUUCGUCUGGUCUGCGCACGAAGCAACCAGCGCAAAGCAGAUAGUAUCAACAUAUGCAUCCUAUCUCAAGCAAGAGAAGAUCGUGGAAGGGUCAAAAGAUGAGGCAUCCUUCCUCAAUGACCUUUCCUACACGCUUGGGGAGCGGCGUUCGUCCCUGCCGUUCAAGGUUUCCGUGGUUGCCGACUCAUUGGAUGAUCUUGUCACUAAGCUGGAAAGCUUGAAUCAGAGUCCAACUCGUUCAGAUAUAAACCAGGCGCCUAGCGUCGCUUUCGUAUUUACCGGCCAAGGCGCCCAAUGGUGUGGCAUGGGACAGCAACUCUUCGAAUCUUAUCCGGUAUUCCAAAAGUCGAUACAACUUGCAAACGACACCUUGGCCUCCUUGGGUUGUACCUGGUCCCUGAUAGACGAAGUCAUCGUCCCCACAGACAAGGAAGCGUCCCGGGUCAACGACCCUGAAGUCAGCCAACCUGCUUGCACCGCUGUCCAACUCGCCCUAGUCGAUCUCCUGAAUGACUGGGGCAUUUUGCCACAAAUGGUUAUUGGACACUCAAGCGGAGAGAUAGCGGCGGCUUAUGCGGCCAGCAAGCUAACCUUCGCCUCGGCCCUGAAGGUCGCAUAUUUCCGGGGAAUCGUGUCGUCGCAAGUGAAGCAAGAAGGUGCCAUGAUGGCUUGUGGUCUCUCUGCACAGGAUGCGCAAGAGAGAAUCUCUCGACUGGAUCCUGCCUCCGGCAAGCUUGUUGUGGCUUGCAUGAAUAGCCCGUCCAACGUUACCCUAUCGGGCGACUUAACCGCAAUCCAAGCAAUGGAGAACAUGAUCAAAGAAGAAGACGAGAGCAUUUUUGCCAGGAAGCUGAAGGUAAAAACAGCUUACCACUCUCAUCACAUGAAGGACGUGGCGAGCCACUAUCUCGAGCUUCUAGGUGAACUUGAGAUCCCGACACGCGAAGCUUCUACCCCGCAGAAGUGCGAGAUGAUCUCCACAGUGACUUCCGCUUCCACCGCGGACGUGGAUCUCGGCGCGCAGUACUGGGUGGACAACCUGCUCUCUCCCGUCCGAUUCUCUGAAGGCCUCGAAUCUCUGCUUCUCAGCGGCGCUUCCUCGAGGACAAGAAAAUCACUGGAAACUGGAGGUGGUAGGAGUCCCGUUUCCAUUCUCCUCGAGAUCGGCCCACAUUCUGCGCUCGCCGGGCCGGUCAAGCAGAUCGUCUCGUCAGCCCUGGAAAAAGCCUCGCAUGGGACCAACCGAUCGAUCUCUUAUUUCUCGGCGCUCAUCAGAGGUCGAAAUGCCUGCGAAACGUCCCUGGACGCUGCCGCAUCGCUUUGGACCUGCGGCGUCUCUGUCCGCCUGCGAAGAGCAAACGAGCCCGUGCAAAGCUCCUCGACUCCCCAAGUGCUUGUGGACCUUCCUUCGUAUUCUUGGAAUCACAAGAAAUUCUGGAUGGAAUCGCGAUUAAGCACUGACUAUCGCUUCCGGUCAGCUCCCCGUAUCGACUUGCUCGGGGCGCCUGUUUCGGAUUGGAAUCCCACUGAGCCAAGAUGGAGGAAUUUCAUCCGCAUCCAGGAACAACCUUGGGUGAAGGAUCACCAGGUCCAGGACACCGUCAUCUACCCUGCUGCCGGUUACAUAGCCAUGGUUUUGGAAGCAGCACGCCAAAUCACGUCUUCCCAAGACAAAGAGAGAGUCACCGGAUUCACCAUUGCAGACAUGGUGAUAUCUCGGGCGCUUGUGGUUCCGCAGACGGACGCCGGUGUGGAAGUCAUGUUCGAAGUAAGGCCUCUGAGGUCAAGCAGCAAGACUUCGUCCGAUGUAUGGAAAGAGUUCCGCGUCUUUUCAUUUUCGACUCCUGGGGAAACUCAGGAACACUGUCGGGGUGUCUUUACAGUUACUCUCGCCCAGCAGCAGCCUGAUGUAGUCGAUGACGGCCGAGAGGGCAAAGAGGCAACUAAUUGGUAUGACGAGAACUUUGACAGUACUAAGAAGCAAUGCACGACGCCUGUUGCCACAUCCCAGAUAUACGAAACGCUCACCAACAUUGGCCUUCUCUACGGGCCAACCUUCCGCAACCUGACAAACAUCUCUUACGGAACUGGCAAGGCCACAGCUACCAUCACUAUUCCCGAUACAAAGAAAGUGAUGCCAUUCGAGUACGAGCAUGAACAUCUCCUCCACCCCGCAACCCUCGACGCCUUCCUACAGAGCUUCUUCCCAGCUCUGACCCGUUCAAACAUCAAGGAAGCUUACAUGCCGACAUUCAUCCAGAAAAUCGAAGUUUCGAACGCGGUGGCCGCUAAUAAACCCGGGUUCGAACUGGAAGCUGUUAGUGAAGCUGCCUUUGCGGGAUACCGACAGGCCUCUGGUACGAUAUAUGUUCGGGAUAGUCUGUCAAAGACUCCAGUUGUGACUGUUCAGGGCUUGAGAUGCACGGCAGUCACAUCGACUGACCCCGGGGCAGAUGGAGUAUCUUCUGGUGAAGAGAAGAAGCUAUGUUUCGAUGUCCAGUGGGCGCUAGAUCUCGACCUAAACGGAAAGGAUGAGGUGGAAGCUUUGUUGGGGGACACUGGUGUCGCAGAUACGUCACCAGAUUACAUUGGAACUCUGGAAAUGGUUGCGUCCUACUUUUACCAGAAAGCUUUAAAGGAGGUCGGAGAGAGUCAAGUCGUCCAGCCUCAUCACCAGAAAUUAUAUCGAUACAUGCAACACCACCGUGAGCAGCUCUCUUCCGGAAAGGUAGCUCAUCAGACCUCACAGUGGCUGCAGUUCGAUACGCCAGAAGUCCAGGAAAAAAUGGAAAAUCUCAUUUCUACAGUGGAGUCUGCGGACCACGAAGCCAUGCUACUCUGCCGAGUGGGGAAGAGCCUCUCAUGCAUCCUAAAGGGUGAUGUUGACCCUCUUGCGCUAAUGCUUGAGGGAGAUCUUCUUUACAAGUAUUACGAAAACGCAUUAGGCUUGGCAACCACAUACGCGCAGCUCGGGAAGUACAUCACUCUGCUUUCGCACAAGCAUCCCAAUCUUCGAUUCCUGGAGAUUGGAGCGGGCACCGGAGGAGCAACGUGGCCCAUUCUCCAAGCUUUGGGAGGCAACAAAGGCGCCUAUCCUAGGUUCGAGGAUUACACAUACACGGACAUCUCCUCAGGCUUCUUCGAGAAGGCUCAAGAAAAGUUCCGCGAUUGGGGUGACUUGAUCCGCUACCGAAAGCUAAACAUCGAGCAGGAUGCAGUAUCGCAAGGUUUUGCCGAGAAUGAAAAGUUUGAUGUUGUCGUGGCCUUCAACGUGCUGCAUGCGACUGCAAACAUCAGCAACACGAUUUCGAACGUUAGAAAGCUCUUGAAAGAGGGAGGAAAGCUCCUUCUUUUGGAGAUGACGCAAGUUCUCAACCGAGGCUUCCUUCCAUUCGGCACACUUCCCGGGUGGUGGAUGUCGGAGGAGGACUUCCGGCCUUGGGGCCCGACGAUGGAUGAGGCGACCUGGGACUCUGUCCUCGGGAAGUGUGGUUUUGGAGGCUUGAGCUUGAGUAUCCCUGAUCACCGGGAUUCUCGUCUGCAAUGCGGUCGACUCAUGGUUGCUGAAGCAAUUCAUGACACACCAAUUCCUAAGUCAAAUGGCGACCUUGCAGGUUCAUCGCCAUCCAUCAUAAUCAUAACGACGGAAGCUCGUGCUGACGGAGAGGAAGAGUUUGUCGCAGGUCUACAGCAGAGACUUUUAGAGAAGGGCCACUCGUCAUCAGCCAAGUCAGUUUCACAGCUUUCGGAAAAGGAGCUGACUUCGACAAUCUGCGUCUUCGAAGCCGAAAUGUGGCAGCCUCUUGUGAAAGAUAUCAGCCCUGCUGAUUUCGAACAGCUCAAGUUAGUCCUCGACAAAGCUGCAGGCCUUCUGUGGUUGACGGUGGGCGGGUCUCAAGAAGCCAACAAUCCAGACGCCGCCCUUAUUCAUGGCCUUGCUCGAACUCUUCGGGGAGAGCACCCUGGACUCCCUUUUAUAACGCUAGAUUUCUCUGCCGACAGCCCUCUCUCCGCAACAGAAUGUUUUGAUAAAAUCUACUUGGUGCUGGAAAAAGUUCUGUCUGCCAGGCCUGCUGCCGAGGAAGACACAGAGUACUCUGAAAAGGGAGGACAUCUUUACAUCAAGCGUUGUUUAGAGGCAACAGGCCUUGAUGCCAGACUAUCCGAAUUGGGCGGUAAAGCGACCUCGGGGCUCGAAACAAAGAUGGAGCCAUUCUACCAGCCCGAUCGGCCACUGACCCUAGACAUCGCCGUGCCUGGUCUCCUUGACACUCUCCGUUUCAUCGAUGACCCAACCGGCCCCAUGCAAUUGCCCCCUGACUACGUGACGAUCGACGUCCGCGCCGUUGGCUUGAAUUUCCGUGACAUCAUGGUGAGCAUGGGCCAGCUAGUCGAUGGUUUCCUCGGCUGCGAAUGCAGCGGAAUCGUCGCUGAGAUUGGCAGUGAGGUGACACACCUCAAAGUGGGAGACAGAGUCUGCGCCUGGACGAUGGGAGGCUACAGCAAUUCGGUCAAGAACCCGGCCAAGCUGGUCCAGAGGAUUCCAGAUAGCAUGGAGUUUGAAACUGCGGCUGCUAUCCCCGUUGUGUACUGCACGGCAUACUACGCGCUGGUCGAUCAAGCGAGGAUCCGAAAAGGGGAAUCGAUACUAAUCCACGCUGCAGCCGGUGGAGUCGGCCAGGCCGCAAUCAUGAUGGCCCAAUUCUACGGGGCUGAAGUAUUCGUGACGGUCGGCACGAAGCAAAAGAAGGAACACAUCAUGGCGACGUACGGAAUUCCUGAGAGCCACAUCUUCUCCAGUCGGAACCUUUCUUUCGCCGAGGGCAUCAAACGCCAGACAGGCGGAAAAGGCGUCGACGUGAUUCUCAACUGCCUCUCGGGCGAAGCACUCAAGGCAUCCUGGUCGAUAAUCGCACCGUUUGGCAGAUUCAUUGAGAUCGGCAAGAAGGAUAUCGAAGAAAACACGCACAUCGGAAUGGCCCCCUUCAUUCGAAACGUCACGUUUGCAUCUGUGGACUUGACGGUGAUGUUCAAGCAACGCCGGGACCUUGCUUUGCAUCUUAUCACUAGUGUCAUGGCCCUUCUUCGCGACGAAAGCAUCGGCGUCGUCACCCCAAUCACGACAUUCCCGUUCUCCAAGAUGGAAGAGGCAUUCCGGUACAUGCAAAUGGGCAAACACAUGGGCAAGGUGGUUCUGACCCCGCAGCGCGAUGAUAUUGUUCCGGUCGUACCGCGAAAGAAAACUGGCAUCAAAUUUGAGCCUGACGCAUCUUACCUGCUCGCAGGUGGCUUUGGUGGCUUAGGUAGAUGCCUUGCUCGGCACCUGGUAAGACAUGGUGCCAAGAACUUGAUUUUCGUAUCUCGGUCUGGGACGAGUCGAUCCGAAUCUCAAUCGCUGGUUGAUGAGCUCGAGGCUGCUGGCACAAACGUCCGCGUCCUGGCUUGCGACGUCACGGAUGAUAAUAAACUACAAAGCGCCUUUGGUGCUGCGUUGGCCGAGCUGCCGCCAAUCCGUGGAGUGAUACAGGCCUCCAUGGUCUUGGAGGACCGAGUCUUUGCCAAUAUGCCGUACGAGACCUUCGCCAAAGUUAUUGGACCAAAGGUGCACGGCACAUGGAACCUCCACAACGCAACUCUCAACCAGCCGCUCGACUUCUUCGUCUUGCUCGCCAGCGCGGCGGGCACGAUUGGCGAUCUAUCGCAAGGCAACUACGCCGCAGCGAACGCAUUUCAGGACUCAUUCGCCCACUACCGCACCUCUAGGGGUCUCCCGGCAACAGUUGUUGAUCUCGGCAUGAUCCGGUCGGUAGGGUACGUCGCCGAGACUGAGGGCGCGACGCAAAACAAUUUGUCUCGGUGGGGUUUCGUGUUGAUCGACGAGGAGGAAUUCCUCGCUAUGAUGAGUAUCGCCAUGGAAGGGAGCAACAUCAACGACGGCGAGAAGAGAUGCCAAUUCGUCACGGGCCUCGGUACGCAGGCGUAUUUUGACCGUACACAACACGAGAUCCCGCAUUGGUUCAACGAGCCCGUGUUUUCCCAUUUGCGCAUGAUGCGGGCACGCACCGUUGGCGCCAAGACCGACGUGGAGGUGUCCCUUGUGCAGCAGCUGGAGGAGGCCACGUCCAUCGACGCCGCGGCCGCCAUCGUCGUGGAUGCUCUCCUCAAGAAGCUCUCCAAGGCGCUUAUGAUUCCCUUAGAAGACAUCCACGCUGCGUCUCCUACCUCGGCAUAUGGCGUGGACUCGCUUGUUGCGGUAGAGGUGCGCAACUGGCUGUUGAGGGAGUUUAAGGCGGAUAUUCCAGUGUUUGAUAUCUUGCAGGCGCCUUCGCUCCAGCUGGUGGGAUACAAGGUUGUCGAGAAGAGUGGCCUUUUGAGUGAGAAGUUUACGCGGGCAGAAGAUUAG